AUGCAUGAAUGGAUGGCACUCUCUAAUCUCCUCCCCAAAACAACCAGUCUCCUCGCCGAUUGUGUGGUCACUAGUGGGAAAGGAGUAAAGUACUGCAUUGAGAAGGAGAGGAAAGCUCUGCUCCUCUUCAAACAGGGCAUCCAUAGUAACUUUGUUGGUAUGUUAUCCACGUGGACCAAUGAAGAAGAUAAGGAUUGUUGCAACUGGAGAGGAGUUCACUGCAACAAGGAAACAGGUCAUGUUCAAAUCCUUGAUCUUCGUGGUGGCGUUGAUUUAUCAUCAGUUUAUUUGAGAGGUAGACUCAAUAUUACUUCAAUAAUAGAGUUGCAAGAUCUUGAAUAUUUAGAUCUCAGUAACAACUAUUUUUUUUCAAGUGAGAUCCCUGAGUCUAUAGAGUCAUUUACCAACUCAGGGUAUCUCAACCUCUCUCUUUCUUCGUUUAUUGGGAGUAUUCCUUAUCAAUUAGGAAAGCUUUUAAAUUUACUCUCCAUUGAUUUGGGUAACAAUAACUUGGAUGGAGCUAUCCCUUGGCAAAUUGGAAACCUUUCAAAGUUGCGGUGUUUGAAUCUUGGAGGAAACUAUCUUGUUGGAGCGAUUCCUUAUCAAAUUGGAAAUCUCUCCAUGUUGCACACUCUGGAGCUUAGCAGUUAUAGUAAUGGUCUCACAAUAGUUGACCAAAAAAAUCAUAAUACGGAGUGGUUAUUAAAGCUCUCUUCAUUGACAAAAGUUGACUUGAGUUAUACGUGUGAUGCUGUCUAUCCUCAUCUCUGGGUGCAGAUGAUAGCUAAUGAUAUUCACUUUCUAUCUUCUCACUUUCAUUUUCCCAGCCUUGUUGUUCUUGAUCUCUCUUGUAAUAAUUUGAUAUCACUGAGGGCUUUGAAUUUUGGCUCUAACCUUCAAGGUCUUUAUUUAUCCAAUUGUAGCAUUUCAUCAGAUAAUCUUAUUUUUACAUCAUCCAAUCCCAAUCUUACUUCUCUUGUCUAUCUUGAUCUAUCUUUCAAUCAUUUGACAUCAUCAACCUUAUUCUACUGGAUUUCCAACUUCACCUUUAAUCUUCAUGAAUUGCGCCUCUAUGAUAACUUGCUUGGAGGUCUAAUUCCAUAUAGUUUUGGAAACAUAAUGAGCUCUCUUGAAGUUCUUAGUCUCCACAAUAAUAAACUCCAAGGUGAAAUCCCACCAUCAUUGGGGAAUAUGUGCACAUUGAAGGAGCUAGAACUUUCCUAUAAUGACUUGAGUAAGGAGCUUUUGAGUUUUGUUUCUAAUGCUUCAUGGUGCAAUGGACACUCAUUAGAACGGUUGUCAUUAUCAAGCAAUCAAUUGACAGGAGAGAUCCCACACUCCAUAGGUGACCUUAUGAAUUUGGAAGCUUUGAUUCUGAAAAAUAAUAGCUUAAUUGGAGAACUUCCUUCCUCAUUGAUGAACUGCACCAACUUAUUAUUGUUAGACGUGUCAGAGAAUAAACUAUUAGGGCCUAUACCUUCAUGGAUUGGGAAAAGCCUCGGAGAAUUGCAAAUUCUAAGCUUAUGGAUGAAUAAUUUUUAUGGUAGCUUGCCACUAAAUAUUUGUUACUUAGCAUAG